ACUCCCAGUCGACAGAGCCAACCCGGGGCCGAAGGAUGCAGGCUGGCAGCAUGAGGGAUUGUCUCAUUGCAAAGGGAACCGAAGUGGUGGUCCGUGUGUUGACUAAUCUCCUCGCCAAGAGCUUGGAAAUGGGGGAUAGCUCCUCUCCGGAGGAUGCCAGGGACAGGCAUCCACACCUGGCUGGGUUCAGGAUGAGCUCUGAGGAGAUGCGGCUGGCGUCUUUCCAGGGCUGGCCGGACGGCGCGGCUCUUUCUCCAGCGGUGCUGGCCGCAGCUGGCUUCUUCUUCGUGGGGCCCGACGACCGGGUGGAGUGUUUUUGCUGCGGCGGGGUGUUGUACGAGUGGCUUCCCGAGGACGACCCCCUGGCGGAGCACAAGAAGUUCUUCCCCAGGUGUUCUUUUAUCCGGGGCAAGUCUGUCGGAAGGCGGCGGGCGCUUCUGGGUCAGGAGCUCCUGGACUGUGUGGACGGACAGUUCCUUGGAAUGUUGCAAAGUUUGGGCGUGGAUGAGGUCCUCCUGGACAACCCACCGGAAUAUCCAGAUAUGGAGACGGAGAGCGACCGGUUGGCGACAUUUGGGACCUGGCCCUUCUAUGCUCAGGUGUCUCCUGAGAUACUGGCCAGAGCGGGCUUCUUUUACACAGGUGACGGAGAUUACGUGCGCUGCUUCCACUGCGACGGGGCUCUGAGGAACUGGGAACGUGGGGAUGACCCCUGGAUGGAGCACGCGAAAUGGUUUCCAAGGUGCAAAUUCCUGCUGCAGUCCAGAGGGCCAGAGUUUGUACACAGUGUUCAAGAAUCUUAUCUCAGCUCUCUUGCGUCUUCAGAAGACCCCUCGAACCAGGCUGGCCGAGAUUCCACAAGCUCUGAAGAAAGUCUGGGAAACUUGGACUUAGCUUCUCCACAGCUGAUCUCCAUGGUACAAAGUUCCCUGCAAAUGGGGUUUCAGCCGAACUUGGUGAUAAGUUUGCUGCAGAACAGGUACCGACAGACAAGGGCUAGUUAUUCAUCUUUGUCUGAACUGGUCCUGGAUUUGCUUCAGGCAGUGCAGAAUCAAGGCAGCCAGGCAGAGGAGUCAAGAGAACCUGCUCGAAGAGAACCAGAGCCACGCAGACAGGUGGAAGAACCCAAAUCACCCAGUGAAGGAGAAUCUGCCUCAAAUGUGGAGGAUCAGCUGCGCCGUCUGCGGGAGGAGCGCAUCUGCAAAGUGUGCAUGGACAAAGACGUCUCCAUCGUGCUUAUCCCCUGUGGCCACCUAGUGGUGUGUGCGGAAUGCGCUCCCAACCUGAGGCGCUGCCCUAUCUGCAGGGGGGCCAUCCGGGAGACUGUGCGGGCGUUCAUGUCCUGAACUGGAAGCGGGAUUACUGAAGGCCUUCUUCUUCGUCUUCCUCUUGAGGAUGCACGGACUCGAAGUUUCCGAAUGGAAAACCAACUUCCUGAGGUCCUCUAAAAACUUGCUUUCAGGACCAUUUUUUUCUUCACACCUACCUUUUGUGGCUGCUACAACCCCCGCUGUAGAGGUGGCAGAUGAACCAACUUUUAAUGUUUUUCCCGACCCCGCUCGCCUGUCUUUUUUGCCGAACUGUCACUUCAAGGCAAUUAUUCAGAUCAUUUUAAAAACCUGACUAGCUUCUUACCUGAUCUAUACCUAAACCAAGUAACAUUGUGUUUAGCUUAUUUGGUAGCUUGUUCUUUUAAAGAAAAUAUUUUUUUUGACUUUUGAAAUAAAA